CCCUGCUCUGGCGCGCGCCGCCCGCGCUGCCGCCAAGUUCCCGCAUCAGCUUCAUGCCACCCAGAGCUCGCAGCACCUUCAACCCCCGGCCCCCAAGACUUGACUUUGAGCGGACUGUAAUUUCUCUCCGUCCUCCCUGAUCGACCUCCCCUUUUCCUGUCAGAUCAUCUCGCUCUCCUAGAGCACCCCUUAGAUCUCCAUGGAAAGCCACGGCAUAGCCCGCACAGCCCGGAAACCACGCACCGAAGCCCAGCUCCAGGCCGACCUCGCAAAGAUUGCCAACCUCCGCGCCCUCGAAGACGCCCUCCUCCGCGCCUCGCCGCAGCCCGCCGAUCCGGCCGACCCGGCGACCCUCGCCCUGACCACGAAGCUCCUGCGCCUGAACCCGGAGCACUACACGGCAUGGAACGUCCGCAGGCGCUGCCUAACCUGUGGAUUAUUAUCAAGACCCUCGCCUGGGCCGUCGCCGUCGGCGCAGCCCGCGAGUUCGUCAGCAGCAUGCACUCCGCCUCCGUCCUCCGCCGCUGCGUCGCCAUUUUCCUCGACCGCGAUCCCGCCAGGCCCCGCGUCCCCACAGGACCGCGAGAGUGGGAGGAAUGGUACAACAGCUGAUGAGCAGCCGCCGCCGCCAGUCGACGACGAAAAGGUGGUCGACACCCUCAGGAGCGAGCUCAUGUUCACGAUCCCUCUACUGCUGGAGUUCCCAAAGAGCUACUGGAUCUGGAAAUACCGCUCCUGGCUCCUCCAGCAAGCCAUCGACAUACUACCCAAACCCAUCGCCCGUCGUAUAUGGGAGGAGGAGCUCGGCCUCGUGUCCAAGAUGCUGACCAAGGACCGCCGCAAUUUUCACGCCUGGGGCUACCGGCGCAAAGUCGUCGCCUCUCUCGAAAGCGCGGCGCUCGACGGCACGAGCCUGGUCGAGGCCGAGUUCGCCUACACGACAAAGAUGAUCAACACGGACCUGUCCAACUUCUCGGCGUGGCAUAACCGCUCUAACCUGAUACCCCGCCUGCUAGAGGAGCGCGGUGCCGACGACGCGGCGCGACAAAAGUUUCUAGAAGAUGAACUCGACCUCGUCCGCGAAGCACUAAACGUGGGUCCAGAAGACCAGUCUCUCUGGUUCUACCACCAUUUCCUCGUCCAAAACAUGACUGAGCCAGAUGGCCGGCCCAAGAUCGCGCCGAGUCUGUCAAGUACGGAAAAGGCAUCCUACGUGAGGCGUGAGAUUGAAGAUAUCAAGGACCUUUUGGAGGACUACGACGACAUUACGUGGAUAUAUAAGGCCCUGUUAGACUACACGAGGGCGCUGCCGCACAUCGAAGGAAGAGAGCUCAGCGAAGAAGAGACAGAGGAACUACAAACGUGGAUGACCAAAGUGCGCCAGCUGGACCCUAUGCGUAAUGGGCGUUGGAAGGACCUCGAGAAGGAGUGUAGUCUACUCUAGCCUUCCAGAGCAAACAAAUCCAUGUUCCAAUCGUGUGUGGUUCUAAAGCAAGCGGCGGCGUCACGAGGGGCAGGGUCGACUAUCAUUAUGUAUUAGGUAUAGGAGCGAACCAGAUGUACACGGCAGCGUAUCUACGUGCUAAAAAAGGUGAUGAUCACUUCCUGGCGAACUACAUGAGCACCACACAGAACGCUCAAGAGGCGCAUUUGCCCUUGAUUAGGCUGGCGUUCUCUCCUACCAACCCAUCAAAGUACGACAGCAGCGUCUCGACGGGAAUCAUAUCCAUCAGACCCAGUGCUGGGUGAGACGACUUGAGGACCUGGCCGCUCCAGAGGACUCUGAUGUACCAGCCACUCUCAACCGAGCCAGGCGUAGAUGUGGAUGUGGCCGUGGGAGGGUUCUUGGCGGCGGCGGCGGCGGCGGCGGCGGCGCCUUCAUCCGCUCCCCGCUUCUUGUACAGCUCAAAGACGACCUCGGAGCCCAUGC